AUGGACAGCCCUCUGCAUCGCCUCGCCGUCGCCGUGCUCGUCCUGGGCUGCACCGGGUCCAGGCGCUCAGUGGAUGGGAAUAUGUACCAGUUCGUUCAUGACUGUGAGUACAAUGAUCAUCUGGAGGAUUUUCUCUACACAAGGAGGGACAUUUUUAACAAGAUUGAGAUUUUGCGUUAUGACUCGAAUAUCCAGACGUUUGUUGGCUACACACCACUUGGGAUCAAAUAUGCAGAGAGAUUCAACCAGGAUAAAGAAUACCUAGCAGGACUCAAGGAUGACCUGGAUAAUUAUUGUAAACACAACGCAGGGGUCUACAAGAGCACCAUGACGGACAGGAAGGUUCCCCCCUCGGUCAAGGUGAGCGCCACCAAGCUGCUCAGCUCCAAGCACCCCACCAUGCUGGUGUGCCAUGUGACUGGCUUCUACCCCCAGCGCAUCACGGUCACCUGGCUGAGGGACGGGCUGGAGAUCAAGACCGACGUCACCUCCACCGACCUGCUGGCCAACGGGGACUGGACCUACCAGGUGCACUCUCACCUGGAGCUGACCCCCCGUGCCGGGGAGACCGUCGCCUGCAGAGUGGAGCACAGCAGCCUGGAGCGCCCCCUGGAGGUCACCUGGGACCCCUCGAUGCCGGAGUCUAAGAAGAACAAGAUUGUCAUUGGGGUGUCUGGACUGAUCCUGGGGCUCAUCAUCACCGCUGCUGGGGUGAUUUACUACAAGAAGAAAUCUAGCGGCCGCAUCCUGGUGCCGUCAGACUGAGAGCGCUGCGGACUGGACUAGAGAGACUUCGUUUCUCUCCACAAGAACAGGAGCAGGACGCUCAUGCACCGACAGCUUACAGAAAUCACUUCAAGACUGAUUCAUUUCUCACUG